AUGGAACAAUUUGAAGAAUAUGAUAAGGGUAAGCUAUUAAGAGAUAGAUAUAUCAAAGUCAGUGAUAUCAGUGAAGGCUCCUAUGGGUUGGUUUCUGUUGCCAAAGAUGUCAAGCGAAAUGAUUUGCUAGUUGCUGUUAAAUUUAUAUAUCCAGUUGAUUAUAAGAAAGGGUAUACCAAAGAUCAAACCCAAUCAAGACCAUCAUCAAGUCCGGCACGUUUGAAGUCACCUCAAGUUGGAUCACCAAAUAAGCAUGAUAAGAACACCAUAUUCAAUAGUUUACUAAAUGAAGCACAGAAGGAGAUCAAGAUUCAUAAACUAUUGGGCGAACAUCCCAACAUUUCUCAAUUGUAUGAUCAUUUUGAUUCAUGCCUAGUGUUGGAGUUUUGUUCAAGAGGUGACCUUUAUGAAGCGAUCCAUAAUGGGAAUGGGCCUGUAACUACACAGGAUAUUAAAGAUGUUUUCCAACAGAUCCUUAAUGCGGUUGGUUUUUGUCAUUCAAAAGGAGUAUACCAUCGUGACUUGAAACCAGAGAAUAUUUUAAUUGCCGAAGAUUGGAGUAUCAAGUUGUGUGAUUGGGGAUUGGCCACAACUACACGAAUCAUCUCCAACAGGGAUGAAUUUGAUGUUGGAUCGGAGAGAUACAUGGCACCCGAAUUAUUUGAUAACGAGAUUGAAUCUUACGAUGCUUCAAUGAUUGAUAUAUGGUCAAUUGGAGUCAUCUUAUUGACUUUAGUCUUUCACAAAAACCCCUUUCAAGUUGCCAAUUACUCAGAUAAAAGAUUUUUACAAUUUGCCAGCAACAGAGAAGCAUUAUUUGACAUAUUUUCAACCAUGAGUGGGGAUUUGUUUUCUGUGUUGCGAUUCUGUUUAACUAUUGACCCAACUAACCGUGAUUUGGAGAGUGUGUCCAAAGAGUUGGAUGCCUUGAGGUUUUUCACGAUUGAUGAUGAGUUUGAGUAUGAAUAUGACUAUAAUGAAGGUGACGAUGAACAAGAAGAAGGAGAGGACGUGGAAGAAGCCGGAUCUGAGGAAGCGGACCUUGAUGAUGAGUAUUUGUCAUACCGUAAUGAAGACGGGGUCAAAUCUCAAUCACACCUGGGAGUUGCAGAAACAAAGGCUACCAAAAUUGCGGCUGGAGAAGCUACAGCUGAAAAAGAUAAGCCAGUCACGUCGCCUCUUUCUAGAUAUGAAAUUCCACACAAUCAUAGAGCUGAUGCACUUUUGUCUACCAAUACAAAAGCCAAGCCAAUCCCCAUCAAUACACAUGAUUUCAAGUUUAUCCGUAAUACUAGAAAGCCUUUAACUGUUGCGUCAUUCAAUCAAAAUGCGCAGAUGAAUAAGGGCACAAACAACAGGUUUGGAAAUUUCAACAGGGAGGAUUACUUCACUCCCAAGUCAGUCUUCAAGCAUUAUAUGGAUAAAUACGGAGACAAAAAAAGAAGCAACAAUUAUCAACAUCCCAAUUAUCAUCAAAAUAAGAAUGGUAAUGUCAACGGAAAUGUUGUUGAUCACAAAAGACCUCCACAGUUAAAAAGAAAAAGAACCUGGAAAACAAACCAGAGGUAUCGACCAUCAGCGCAAACGGCACACUUGAACAAUAGUGGUCACCUUAAUGGAAGAUUGGGUGGCCCUCAGCGUGAUGAAUUUCCUCGCUCUGUUGAUAAAAAUGGUGGUGGUAAACGCUUGUCAGCCAAUUUGAGCUCGGCUUUCAGUACAAUACCACAGCCAAAUUCUUCAGGCUUGCAUAGUGGUGCCAGUGCACCAAAUGGAUCAUUAUCGGCAAAUUUGUCCAAUUCUGGAAAGUACAUCCCACCAUUUCUUCGUUCACCCAAUCGCCAACCACAGAAAUCCCCACUUGUUGAACCAUUGGUUGAAGAGAUUGAUGAUUUGAUUUUGGGUAAUGAUGACGAAGUUUUCCAUUUGGAAGAUGAUUUUGUUGGUGAUGAAGGGAAAGAAAAUGUUAUUCCUCAUGGAAAUCACUCGAAGGGGGGAAGUAUCAGCGACGGUGAUCGUCCGGGAUUUCCAAUCUAUAAUGAAAAGAAUGAAUACACCAAUGGUAUGACCAACGUCAAUGGUAAUGGUAAUCUUAGUACUGCUACAAAUGACCAGAAAGGAUAUAAGUCAACAUUUCCCAAGUCUUUUCAUGAAGGGAGUAGCUUGGAACAUACCAACAACGGCAAAUACAUUCCACCAUUUAGACGUGGUUCUUUUUCGCGGGCACACCCCAAUGGAGCUUCAAGCGAAUGUAACCCAGGAAAUCUUUGUAUUGCUAAUGGAGCAAAAAAAUCAAUCCACUAUAAAAACCGCAGCUCUUUUGAUGGGUUUACAAGCGACGGUUCCAAUGCAGGACGCAGUUUCAACAGUUUUAAUAGUGGUGGCGUUGGUAGUACCCCCAAGAGCUUGAAUGGAUUUAUGAAUCACAAUGGUUCCAAUGGUAAUACAAUCCAAAGCUAUAUGAAUGAUUCACUCAAGGCGAAUAAUCGCUUGACAAAUGGCACUACUGAUGGUAAAAAGCGUACUGUUUUUGGAUGCAAAACUAGUAAAGGCGUCAGUAGUAGCCGCAGUGAUAAGAGCAGUGGAUACGAUAGCAAAAGUGGAGAUGAGAUUGGAGGAGGAGGAGAUGCAACCACUAAUGGUGCUGUUGAAGUUGGUAGUUUUAAUGAUUUGUGGGUUGGGAGUCAAAAGAAGAACUGGAGCGAUUAUGAUGACUGA